CGCACCUCAGAUCAGCAAGUUCUCACUCUCCCCUUCACAGCAGUAAAAUAUCACAGUAGCGAGAGUUGAAAACAAACUUGUGUCAGAGGAAGUGAUGGUUUUGACUGAAAGAGAAAUUUGACUGGUUUCCUUAGUAACAACCUAGCUGCUCAAAAACCACACGGACUCACAAUCGAGCAGUGACAGGCGAACAACAUGGAAGACCUCGAUUUGCUGCUGGAGGAGCUGGCCUUGAAUUCAGAACGUUCAGAGAUUGUCGGUGAAAACACGGGCAAUAAUCCAACUACUGGAGAGGUGUCAGGUCCAGUUUAUGCUGGACUGAACAUGAAAGGAAAAGGCCCAGUCCGCUCAAAUGUCUACAGUGAUCUGCCUGCUCCUGUAGCAGCUUCCUCUCCCCCUGGCUCUCCCACGCUGGAGCUGGAAUCCAUCCUGCAGGACCUGAUGAGUCUGGGAGAAGGGGAUCCAGAGUCUUCCACGGCCCCACCACCUCUGACACAAAAGCUGUCAGUGAAAAAGAAAACAAAAGUUGAACAGGAGAGCGAGGAGAGCGGCAGCAGCACAGCAGGUUCAGCGGCAAAGGCCUCGACCUCGAGUAAGAAAACAGAUUCUAUAGAUGACCUGCUUGGAGGACUAAGCUCUGAUCUGGAGAAGAUUGGUGUACGCACUGUAGCCAAGGGCAACUGUGCUUCCUGCAACAAAUGCAUAGUGGGAAAGAUGAUAACCGCACUGGGUCAAGUGUGGCACCCUGAGCACUUUGUGUGUGUGGCAUGUAAGGGAGAGCUGAGCAACACAGGCUUCUUUGAGAGAGAGGGACAACCAUACUGCAACAAAGACUACCAUCAGCUCUUUUCUCCUCGCUGUGCUUACUGCAAGGGGCCCAUUUUGCAGAACAUCCUGACAGCUCUGGACCAGACCUGGCACCCAGAGCACUUCUUCUGCACACACUGUGGAGGCCUGUUUGGGCCUGAUGGUUUCCUAGAAAAGGAUGGAAAGCCCUAUUGUUGCAAGGACUUCUACGACCUCUUUUCUCCAAAGUGCUCUGGCUGUGGGGAGUCAGUGAGGGAGAACUACCUGACUGCAGCCAAUGGCACCUGGCAUCCAGAGUGCUUUGUGUGUGCGGACUGUCUGAAGCCCUUCACAGACGGUUGUUUCAUGGAGCUGGAUGGCAGACCCCUCUGCUCACUGCACUUCCACACCCGGCAGGGCACUCUGUGCGGUGGCUGUGGUGAGCCCAUCACAGGCCGCUGCAUCUCGGCUCUCGACCGAAAAUUUCACCCCGAGCAUUUUCUGUGUGCCUUCUGUCUGCGGUAUUUGAACCACGGCAUCUUCAAGGAGCAGAAAGGGAAACCAUACUGCUCAGCAUGCUUUGAUAAACUGUUUGUGUGAGACAUAUUGAACUUAAUACACAAAUGAUGCGACAGAAUCCAAAUACUGAUCACUGUCAUUGUAGAGGUUAUAAGUUCCUCAUAUUAUUAUUCACUAUUCCUACAUUGCAAUAGUUAACAUGUCCGAACUGUAUUUGCAUUAGUAGAGAUGAGCAAUACAUGUUUAAUUUUUCAGUACUUCAUGGCUAGCUGACACUUUUGGUGAUUUUGUAAAGCUUAUAUGGAUUACAAAUGCAGAGUGUUACAUGAAAUAUGGCAUGAAUUAUCAGGGGAAAAAAAGCUAACUUUGUGACAUAAUUAAUGGCGUGGUUGUAAAACACAGAGAAAACACCCAUAUCCCCAGUUACAAAACAUCACAUGUGUGAAACUUGGAUGAUUCUGAAAGGUGUUGCUAAAACUUGGGAUGGAUUUUAUGGGAUUUCGUUUUUCGUGGUGACAUUAAAUACAUAAAUGGAGAAAGAAAAACAGAAGUGCAGUCUUAAUCCAUGGUUUCCAUUAAAUGAUCCUCAGCCUGCCAUUAGGCUUGGCAGUCUAAAGGUUACUCUCUUCAGUGUUGAGCAGUUAUGGAGUCUAUGUGCCUGAUAGCUUGUAUUGGCAGUGACUGGCAUGGAACUGGCGUGCCAGCCUGAGUUUCCUCUUACUCUGACUUACCAUUUGGCCUCUGGCAUGCAAAGGAUUCAGACAGCCUCCUCAUUCUCCACACAGGUUUCUUUAUAGAUGCCUAUGGAAGAUUAAUGAAGGUGUUGAGGUGAAUAAGGAUGGUUUCAGAGUGAGCUCCUUUGCAUCACUGCGUCUGUUCAGCAGCUCCCUUUGACUGGGAAGGGAUGAAUCAGACAUCAAGUGUUCCAGUGACAUCAAGAGUACAUUUCUGAUUAAACAUAUAGCUAACGGAA